AUGGGUGAGAGAAUUGAGAGGCUGAAACAAGUUGCUCAAUGUGGUGAUGUUGACACACUGUACAUGUUGAUUCAAGAGGAUGCAUAUCUUUUGGACCACAUUGAUCAUUUUCCUUUUUCUGAUACUCCUUUACACAUAGCUGUGUGUGAUGGGCACAUACGUUUUGUCAUGGAAAUGAUGAGAUUAAAACCGUGUUUUGCUAGAAAGCCAAAUCUAGAAGGGUUUAGCCCCAUUCACCUUGCAUUACUAUAUAAGCAUACCGAAAUGGUGAGUCGGCUUCUACAAGUCGAUGGAGACCAUGUCCGUAUCAAAGGAAGAGAGGGUAUCACUCCUUUGCAUUAUGCAGUAGCAGUAGAUGAUCAACUUGAUCUAUUGGCUGAAUUUCUAUCAGUCUGUCCCGAUUCUAUUGAAGAUAUGACAACUCGAAAUGAGACUGUUUUGCAUAUAGUUUUAAAAUAUGAUAACUUGGAGGCUUUAAAAUUCUUGGUGGAAUGGAUUAGACAGAAAAGGUCUAAGAAUUCCAUAUUUUGGGAGAGGAAAAUCUUGAAUUGGAAGAACGAGGAAGGCAACACUGUGUUGCACAUUGCAAUAAUUAAGAAUCAACCUGAGAAUUUAAAGGGUCAUACAGCAGGGGACAUCUUGGCAGAACAAACACAAGUAGAAAACAACAACGAGAACAGGGUUAUGCUACAGCAUGCUGGAGCUUUGUUUGCUAAUUCAUCUCUUAUUGAUUAUAAUUAUUCACGUUACCUACGUUCCAUAGUAUCUCUUGAGGAAUCACUAAUACGCCGCUCUCGUGAAUGGAGGAUGAUAUCAGAGGACAAGCGCAAUGCACUUCUGGUGGUUAGUACACUACUUAUAACAGUGACCUAUGAAGGAGUACUCAACCUUCCUGGGGGAAUUUGGCAAGAAGACUCCAGUAGAAAUGGAACCCAUACCCAUCGGUCCAAUGCCAUGAAACCCAACCUAAGUCGUUUCAACGAAAAUGCUACUCUUCCCGAAAAGAUUGCAGGGACUCCCAUUGUCCUUAGGCUUCUUCCUUUUUGGUUGUUCUUAGCUUCAAAUUCUGUGACAUUUAUGUUCUCAUACGUAACAAUUCUUCUUCUCAUUCCAUUUGAGUAUGAUAUACUCCGCAUAGCCUUUUUCUUCCUCUCUUUUUGCUAUUUUGCUUCAUUGACAGUCAUAGUCCCAAAUCCUAUUUGGUCUUGUUUUCCUUUUAUUUAUGUUAGCCUGCUUCUCAUUUUCUUAUUAACUGCAAUAUGGUUGAUUAAGUCCUGA